UGAGGUAUUUCCGCCUGCAAAGUUAUGCGUUGAUUAUGGCGUCGAAAGAAUUUUCUUGCGUCAUUUUCGUCUGUCUCUUAAGUUUGGGAAGUGCUAAAAACUGCACUUACUCGAGCAGUUGCGGUCGGAGUGAAACCUGUUGUUCAGAUAACGUCUGUAGAGACAAUUGUUACUACUGCACGUACAACUAUCAAUGUGGUACAGGCGAAGAGUGUUGUAACAACAAAUGCAAAUCUUCGUGUGUUUUGGGCGCUGGAUCUAUUGUAGGCGCUGUUAUCAGUACAAUAAUCUUCUUCGCCAUCAUCAUUCCCAUUGCAUCCUGCUGCUGCUAUACUUGUUGCCCGUGCUACCGCUAUGGUACACCCGGUGCUGUGGUCGUCACCCCACAGCCUUAUCAACCGUACGUAUCAAAUCAUGCCUGUAUGACGACGAUGCAGCAAGUACAAAUUCCUCCGCCGGUCAACUACAAUCAGCCACUUCCAGGUUACAUCCAGCCUCCUUCGGGACACAAUCAGCCUCCUCCGCCUUACCCAGGCCACUUACCGCCUUUAACUCAGCAUCCCCCCCCACAAGGAGAAACUCAAUCCGGAGCGAUGCCUGUUGCUGUCAGUGCUGCCCAACCGGUAAGGAACUAACCCAUUGUACGAGACAAUCACGUACGCCUGCUUUUUUAUGAACGCUUUGAAACAAGAAACUUCAUUCCUCUAAAAACCUAAGUUUUGUUGAAAAGCAACGAGUAUGUUGUUGAUUAGUUUUUAGCUGAGCACUUUAAUAGUAAGUAGUAAAGUUUUUAGACUUUUGUCAGAGUUUCCAUAACUUUUGACAUACCGCAAAUAAUCUAUGGUAAAUAUACUUCAGCUCUGUUAUCUAAGCUUCUCAUUUGUUCAUUGUGCAAAUUUAUUUGGCUUGUUGAAUUGAUGGCGCAUUUUCCGACGCCUCCACAACCGUGAAAUGACGUUAGGUCACGGAUAGUAAUCACUGCUCGCCACUGCAGCACAACUCAUGGACACAGGAUUGUCCUUGUUUCUUUGGUUUUUUAAGGCCUUGACUGCAUUGCAGUCUUUCUGAAAUUGAAAGCCGUAAUUCCAUUUUUAUUGGAUAUUUUUAACUUUUCGCGUGGUGGAAAACCAUGAAUUAAUUUAAAAGAGCAUGAGCAAUUGUUCAUGGGCUUAAUUUGUCACAUAAUUAUAUUCAGAAGCAGAUGGCCGUUUAGACCUUUAGCCCUUACGAACAGUCGCUUCUAAACUACUCAGACAAUAUAUGAAAACUGUACAUAUGAACUUCGUAAUGGACCUCGCUCACUAUAAAGUCUAUGAGGUUCAAUAAUAGAGCGUCGGAGUGCGGAAUCCGAAGAUCUGAGUUUUGAUUUCUCAUGGGGUUCAGGAUUUUAUCCU